AGUCAAAGUAGUUUGUGUGCAACCCUGAAUUGUCAACAAAUUAUUGUGACCGCAUACUUUUGGAGACUUGCACUGUUUCUGUGGCAAUAAUUCUCUGACCGUGUACCUGUAGUUCUGUUCAAUCUCAAAUCCUUACCUUACCUACCUAUUGCAACUUCUCACUCUUGUGAUGCAAACCAACCUAUUGCAGCUUCUAACUCUGGCGAUCCAAACCAAGGACGCUACCCUUUAGAAAUUAAGUAUUAUGCCUUUCCGAAAUUCCAAUAUGAUAGUACAGAAAAAGCUAUGGAGAAUUGUUGGAUUUUUGUCAAGUGUGAUUGGACUAAUCUGUUACGCGUUGAGUUCCUCUUUCAACCACCUAUUUGGAGAGUGGAACUUCUUGAAGAUCAUCCUUUACGCAGUGAUAAGUUUCUCUAUCAGCAGCAUCAUGUUACUUUUGAAAAAAUGGAAACUUUCCAAGAGUUUCAUGCUAAAAGCUCAUGUGGGUGUUCUGGUUUUGUUGAUCACUUCUGUGUACUCUUUUGUAUCCGACAAAGCUGUGAAUGGAAAACCAGACAUGUUAAGUUUGAUUUCGUGUUUUGCCUUUGCUUUCAUGUCUCUGUGUCUGUCAAAGGAGAUUGACCUUGGGUUUGGAGCAGAUCUCCUCAAUUUCUUCCUUGGAUGCCUAACUGUUCAACUAAUGCACAUCCAUUUGAUGCUCUCUAUUGUUGCAGCCAUAUUUUGCUAUUGUUUCAUGUUUUUUCGUUCCAAGUUGGAUUCUCAAUCACAGAUUGGAACUGUAGAAGUUGAAGACCAUGUAAACAUAGAAAUUGAUGCUGAAGAUGGAAAAAGAGAGUUUGAUGACAACAGAAGUAACUUCCAAGCUAAUCAUAGCCACCAACAAGUUCCGUUAUUAAGAAUGGUGGGUGAUGGGUACAAUUGGAGAAAAUAUGAAGAUAAAGUAGUGAAAGGAAGUGCAAACCAGUUAAGUUACUACAAAUGCACACAACCCACUUGCUAUGUGAAGAAAAAAGUUGAGAGAACUAUAGAGGGGGAAAUUGUUGAUAUACACUACCAGGGUACUCAUACACAUUGCGAGCGUAUGCAUAAUAUGAAGAGGAACUCUUCAUCUGAAUAUUUAUAUUCAGUGUUACCUUCAGAGCCUGUCGCCUUUCCAGAUCAAUCAUUUGCCUCUCAGGGCAAUGGAGAAUUGGAUUAUCAUGUGCAGCAACAGAGAACUCCUCAAUAUCCAAAUGAAAUAUGAAUCAUAAUUUAGUACUUUGCUUGUAGAUCUUAUCACUUAUAAUAAAAUUAAAUAUUAACAAUUAUAUUAACUUGUCAAAA